AUGGCCCGGGGCGUGCUCCUGACGUCCAAUCUCCCACAACUACAAAAUCUCAUCAAGAGAGAUCCCGUUGCAUACCGAGAAGAGUUCCUCCAACAAUGGAAUCACUACAACAGCAUCCGUCAAAUAUUCCACAUCAAUCCGGAUGAACAUGCUCAGCAUUUCAGAGAGCUUGUCGCGUUCAUUUCCCAGGUCUCGCCGUGUUAUCCCAAAGAGACGACAGAGUUCCCAUCGCAAUUAUCUACUCUCCUGUUGGAGAAUUACGGAACAUUGUCUCCGGACACCCGCAAAUCGCUUGUCCAGAAUCUCGUCAUGUUGCGUAACAAGAAUGUCAUCACGUCGGUUGAGCUUCUCAAGACACUAUUCCCGUUGCUGCCUCGAACGACUUCAUCUUCGCUUCGUCAAACCAUACGCAAAACUAUCAUGUCUGACAUACGCAGCGCCAACAUGCGUACGAAGAACCACAAGUUAAACAGAGCGGUCCAAGCCAUGCUCUUCGGUAUGGUGGAGCGUGGCAUGGAUGCGGAGGUUGAGACUGAGAAGGGUAAGGGAAGGGCCAAUACUGCGAAUAAGGGUGGCGAGGCUGCGUGGGCUGUCUUGGUAGCGAAGGAACUAUGGAAGAAGGGCGUCUGGACUGACCCCAAGACCGUCUCGAUCAUCUCCUUGGGUUGUUUUCAUCCCGCCACGAAAGUUCAGAGAGCUUCAAUACACUUCUUCCUUGGCGACGACGAAGAUGAAGAGGAGGACGAUAGCGAUGAUGAGGGUCCCGACGUGAAAUCCUUGCUGCACAAGCGCGAAGUUAAGAAAAAAACCCGCAGUGGUGACAAGAAAUUGCAGAAAAGCAUGAAAGAGGCCAAAAAGAAACGCAAAAUGAAGUCGGAUGCAUCCUCGCCCAACUUCCCAGCAAUACAGCUCCUGAACGACCCUCAAACUUUCGCGGAGAAGCUAUACGAACUCCUUGCUCGUCACGACAAACACUAUUCGCUGGAGCAGAAGAUUCUGAUCAUGCAGCUUCUAUCGCGAGUGGCUGGCGCCCACAAACUAUGCGUGUUGCCUUUUUACACCUAUAUCAUCAAGUAUCUCACCUACCAUCAACUCCGCGUUCCCUCCAUCCUUGUCGCCCUAGCUCAGUCGGUGCAUGACCUGACGCCUCCGGACGCUCUCACUCCCGUGAUCAGGAAGGUUGCACAAGAAUUCGUCCACCCUGGAGUAGGAAGCGAAGUGAUCCGCGCUGGGCUCAACAGCAUCAGAGAGGUAUGCAGGCGGCAGCCAUGGGCGAUGGAGGAAGAUAUGUUGGGUGAUUUGGUGGAGUAUAGAAAGAGUAGGGAUAAGGGUGUGACAGCCGCAGCAAGAGGCCUUUUGCAGCUCUACCGGGAGGUCAAUCCUGGCAUGCUCAAGAAGCGGGAACGAGGCAAAGAGGCAACCAUGGGUAUCGCUAGCGGAACCAAGCCCUUGCCGUUCGGGCAUUCUGCUCAAGCGGCUGUGGACAUCGAUGGUCUUUCGUUAUUGGAGGACCAUCUGCAAAAGCUGCGCGAGGAGAACGGGGAUGAAAUGGACGUGGAUGUGGAUGACUCAGCCGCAUGGGAAGGCUGGGACGUCGAGACGGAUAGCUCGGAAGAAUCGUCGGAUGAAGAAGGCUGGCUCAACGUUGAAUCCGACGAAGAACCCUUAGAGGUGUCUGACUCCGAGGACGAGGAUAUGGAGAAGGCGAAGACAGUAUCAAGUGCCGACGCUAAGCAGGAUGACAAGCUCGUUGAAGACGCUACCUUGCGUGUAUCUACGCUCGCCACGACCAAGAUUCUGACCCCUGCGGACUUUACGCUCUUGAACGAGCUGAAGCUACAAGCUGCCACCAAAGCUGUGGAGGCUACUGGCAGCUCGUCCGCAAAGCGUAAAUUGGCGACCCUCGAAGCACAGAAGAAGAAUAUGGCCUCCGGGAACAUGGCUGAGACCUUCCUAGCCGAAGACGAUAUCUUGGGUCCGAGCAAGAAGUCCAAGGCGGACUACGCCGAACGCAUGGCCUCGAUUGAGAAAGGCCGUGAAGGUAGAGAGAAAUACGGCUCAUUGAAAGGGAAGAAGGAAAAGGCCAACCCAAGCAGCUCGACGAACAAACAGAAGGCGAGGAACAAACCGAUCAUGAUGAUUCUCAGCAGCGGUGCUGUCAGAGGAAAGAAGAAGGCGAGUCUGAGGGAGAAGCAACAGAAGUUACGGCGGCAUAUCAACAAGGCCAAGAAAGCCCAUCAUUGA